ACUAAUUGCAGCAGGUGUGCUGCUGAUUGGUGAGGUGAAAGGCUGCAGAGCUGCUUUCAAACACAAGCCCGCAGCUUUGCUUCGACUUUCUCUGACUUCCGUUGACCUUUUUUUUUUGUUGUUGUUGUUGUUGUUGCCUCACGUGUCUUUGUGUUUUGCUCGCACUCAUGCCACUGUGAGGAAAAAUGCAUUCAUCGCUUAACUUCUCCACACCUGAGCACUCCAACCUGUCAGGUGUUGACCCUCAGAGACUGCUGGAGCUGACUCACCGCUCCGUCAAAGUAAGCAUAAUAAUCGUUUUGGGCGUGAUGAUCACUUUGGGAAAUAUUGCAGUUCUCCUGGUUAUUACUUCCUCCGUGGCUGGUUGGUCAAGAAACUCUCGGUACUUUCUCCUCUCUCUUACUGCUGCAGACUCUGCGUUUGGACUGCUGGUCAUGCCCUUGAAUCUCUGGGUGAGUCUGCUAAAGGACUACACUCAAGGGCCAGAUGCUCUUUGUCAUCUCGUGGCCUUUUGCAACUCCACCGUCUACUCCACCUGCAUGUAUACACUGGCCACGAUAAGCCUGGAGAGGUACAUUGCAGUGUUUUACCCGCUACAAUACUCAUCUCUGAUGACAAGGAAAAGGACUCUGCUCUUGAUCGCCUUCGCCUGGUGCUUCCCUCCCUUUCUACUGUUGCCGAUAUCGUUUCCAGACGGCAUUAUCGAGGUUCAUUUUUCUACUGCGUCUCUGGUCUGCAACCCAGCCUACUCCACAAAUGUUGGAUACUCCCUAAGUUUGACAUGUCUGAUAUUUUUCCCCUGCUCCAUCAUCAUGACAUAUGCAAACCUGAGAAUUUGGUGCGCUGCCAAGAGACAGCGGCUGAAGCUGCGCAAGUAUGACUGUGCGCGUCGCAGCAGACACAAUGUGGCAUCCAGAGUGCUUGUACCAGUGAUGGCAGCCUACUACGUCUGUUGGACACCCUGCAUGGCAGCUAUGAUCUACAAUGCAGUCUCAGGUAGCACUGUACCAGAGUGGGUUGAGUAUGUGGUUGUAUGGCUGCCCACCUCCAACGGUUUCCUCAACUGCAUCUUCUACUUCUGGAUAAACCGAAGCUUCCGCAGGAAAUUCCACCUCGUCCUCCAGAGGCUGGCUAUGGCCAUCUGCCCCGAGCUAGCCGACGCUGUUGGGUGCUGCAGUGCAUCAAAGACGCAAUUUGUGUCGGGAAUUAUGGAUAAUAACAACAGCGUCCAUGAGCGUUCUGCUAGUGUAUCCUCCACCUGCACCCUGUUGAGCAUGGCUUAGGAUGUCUGCACCUUUGGCAUGGUAAAGGACAUGGUCGUGACCUCUGCGCUGUCUUGUGUUGUCUAGCUGGGCUGGUUAACUGAAGCCAGUUGACAUGUCUACAUAAGGUAUCAAGGGUAAGAUUAGACUAAUGGGCCACUUGGGUUACAAUGCAAUGGUUGAUACUAAGACAGGCUUUGAUGGCAAGUAUUUGAAAUAACCACUGUACAGUCUACAUCAUUAUAAUUAUUAUUGUAUUUUUUUCUUAUUUUUUUUAGUUUUUUUUCUUUUUCUUUUUUUAAAUCAAUUUUCAGUUUAAAAGUAGCUCACUUGACUUGAGCACAUGCUCAAUGUGUAACUUAUUUGGAUCUUUUGUUUUA